AUGUGAUUCUGUGAAAGAUCGUCACUUUUACUGUGAAGAAAGAUCGUGAAUUCUGUGAAGAUCCUACAUUAUUUUCGAUUGGCUUACAUUUGAUUUCUUGCUCGCAGUUUAUUUCUUUCCUUCUAUCCCUUUUAUACAAGACUAUUUACCGCCUCUUUCCUCCUCGCGCUCCUAUAACCACCUUGAAUAUCCCAUUUAUCGUACCUGAGAAAAAAUGCAUUGCAACUAAAAGUUCAAUUCAUGGUUUAGAGAGAAAAGAUUGCUUCAAUGUUGACACAAAAAGAUCAAAUGUCUGUAUGUGUUUACGAAUCGGGAGAGCAAUAGAUCGCUCCUUGUGUUCACACGCUGUAUGUUUCCUUGUUUACGAAUCGGGAGAGCAAUAGAUCGCUCUUUGUGUUCACACCGUGGAAAUAAAGUAGAUAUACUUGUUCACACGCUUUGAAAACGCUACCCAGUUGUACGCAUCAGGUUCUUGAAGAUUUCUUUUUUUUAUAUUUCAGUUUUCUAGUUGUACAAGUACAGCUUCCUUCCGCGCAGUUCUUAAUUUGUUCCACAAAUGUAAAGUUGUUCUAGUUGUACCUGCUCUUGUUUAUUGACAAAUUUAUUUCUUUCAUCAUCAACAGAAUGACGACGUUCUUCGAUGUAAACGAUUUAUUUGGGAGCGAGGCGCUUGGUGCAGGAGGACUAGGCUCGGCCUCUUCUUCUUCAUCCUCGUUUAAUAAUAAUGCAGGAGCACCAAAUCUGAACCGAGGUGGUGGGCCACAAAUCGGAGGAGCUUCUUCCAGUAGUAGUUCUUCGAUUCCGAACCUGCAGCCUCAGAAAGAAGAGUUGAGGUGUCAGAACUGCGGAUCCUUAGAUGUGCAACUGGACCCUUUCAGUGGGGACAACUUAUGUGGGUCAUGCGGUGUCAUCGUGCAAGAAAACCGACUAGUCGCAGAAGUUGGAUUUCAAGAGGGAGCAGGAGGAAAAAAGGCGGUGAUUGGACAGAGCAUCACGUGGGGACCAGGAGGAACGGCAAUUAGUGCAGCGCAAAGGAACAUUAAGCCUUAAUCUGAAAAUGAAGAUAAUGGAAGAUAGACAAUUUUUAGCUCAGUUCUUUUUCGCAAUAACCCAUCAGUAACGUGUGAUCUUCAGAGUCUGAUAGUUAGAUAGCUACACCUGUAGACCAUCUUGAACGUUAGCUGAAAAUACAAUCGUAGCGCACCAGUGAGACAAACCAACAAUACUGACUACAAGUUGACCACGCGUCUUUUUUACUUCCCGCAUCUAAUCCUGGCAGUCGAGACAUCACUCUAGCAAGAGCAAAACGAAAUGUAGAAGCCUUUGCGGGGAAGCUGAGAAUUCAUGGCGCUCAUCAGGACCAAGCCUUGCGGAUUUUCAACUUGGCAGUGGACAAGCAGUUCAACAAGGGCAGGAAGAACAUGUUGCUAGCCGCAGCAUGUCUCUACAUCGUAUGUAGAAGCAACCGCAGUCCCCACUUGCUCAUCGAUUUCGCGGAUGCUUGUGAGGUAGUCUAUUAUGUUGACUAGUUACGCCAGAGAAGUUUUCUUGGGCGUUUCAUCAUGUGUGGUACCUAUCUGAGUGCCAGCAUCUCAGUAUCGAUAUUUCCCAAGAACAGCAAAUAAUUUUUACAAUCUCUCUCUCGACCAUCAGUUUUCCGUGCGCGAUAUUGGGCAGACCUAUAUCAAGCUGGUUUCGGUCCUGAGUCUCGAUGACCUAGUGAACGUGCCGAUGAUCGAUCCAAGUCUUUUUAUGGAGCGCUUUGCCUUUCGCAUGGACUUGGGAAAUAAGACGGGCACAGUCGCCAACACUGCAGUAAGACUAGUGCAGCAAAUGAAAAGAGACUGGCUGCAAGAGGGAAGGAGACCGACUGGUAAUUUGUUGAUUUCUUGUAUUGCUGUGUAAGUUGAUGUUUUCCAGUAUUACUUACUUGAAGUUCCUAUGAAUGCUAGGGGAGAUGCCCUUGCUACAUCUAGCUGGGAGCUUUGACAGCAGUGGGAGAAGUUUGCUGGCCAUCUAUUCUAUCCUCGUAUGAAGUGAAGAGAAAUAUAUUUAUGGGAAUCAUCACAGGUCUUUGUGGUGCAGCUUUAUUGGUUGCUGCUCGUUGGCACGGUUUCGAGAGAAGUCCGGAACAAGUGGCAAAUAUCGUGAUGAUGGCAGAGAGCACUUUGCGAAGACGUUUGUACGAGAUGCGAACCACCACAGUUAAGGCACAGCUUUCAGUCUUUUGCUUCUUCACAUAGGUAAAAAUCAUAGUGCAGCGUAGAAGAUGCGCGAAAUCUGGAUUCUUAGGUCUUUGAAAAAGAAGAUGCGCGAAAUCUGAAUUCUUAGGUCUUUGAGUUUUUUUCAUUUCUCAGAAAUUAGUACUGGCUAGGCCGAAAUUAUUGCUUUACCAAUGAAGCUAUUUCAAUCAGGAUGACUUAGCAAGAAUAUUGAAAUGAGCCUCAGUCCUUCUCUCCUCUAAUCCAUUUGCUGGCAUGACGAAAGGCGAGGUAAUGGCAGGAGAGGAGAAAGUGAGUCUGUGCUUGCCACCAUGCGCGAAGCCAGCGAUAUUGAAGGCCCACAUGGCUGAGCAAGCAGUCGCUUUGGCUCUCGAGUAUCAACAGCCACAAGAAGCGCUGACCGAUGGCAAUCAGGGGGAGCAAGGCCAAGGUCUUGAGCAGGCACAACCAGGUGAGCAAAUCGGAGGUGCAGAGAGUUCAAAAAAGUUAAGGCAGUCUCUCUCUCUAUCGUAACUGUUUAGUAGUCUUGAUGUUCUAAUUGCAGGUUUCUCGUUGUAUUUUCUGAGCUUAUGCGCCUUUUCUACGGAUGGGGCACGGCGUUCCUGGCGAUCUUCAUCAUGUUCCCCUUAGUCUGUUUGUUUGUUUGUUGUCCGAAUCAAGUGAAAGAUGGACGACGGGGACUUGUACUAGAGAGAAGAGGAUCAAGUAGAGUAUGAGUGUUUGUAAUCGUCAUCCAGUAUUGCAAGUUUCCAACUCUAAGAACAGCGGCAGAUGCGAGAUUUGGUACCUCAGGAGAGAGUAUUCGGCACUUAGCGGCAGACCUGGAGAACGUGGUCGGCGCAGCAGCGGCAAAAGAUGCUGCUUCCUCAAAAACAAGUGGUGCCAAUCCAACUCCCACCUCAGCCCUCGGCGAAGAGACCACUUAUGACGUAGAUCACGCGCAUCUCUUCGACGUGGACAUGGGAAAUUUGCCAGGUGGCGACGUUAUCCCGCAAAGCCAUGCGGCCAGCGAAUACGACGCGGAACUCAGAGCAGCACUGAUUGAGAGCGGCGAUGUGGGUGAGGUCGAGGAAUCCUUGUCGGAUGUGGAGGUGGACGAAGCAUGUCUGCACACUGAAAACGAGGAGAAGUCGAAACGCGCAGUCUGGCGUGAAAUUCACAAAAACCAACUGGAGGAGAUUCAUUAUAAAACUUAUGGCAGGACAAGUAUACGCUUUUGUAGAGUUAAAGUGAGAUAAAUAUAGUAUCCAUCUUUUUCGGCAUCUCGGUACCCUUUUCCCUUGUAUUAUUCCUAUGAAAUGAUACAAGGGUAGUAAAGGGGGCAAGGUGAGGGGGCCGAGAUGCAAUCUAGCAGACUCUAAUAGAGGACUCAAAACUUCUUCUGAUCAGUAGUGUUUCGUAGCCGAUUCAAGACUUCUGAUGUAAACGUAAACGACGUCGAUUCUGUGAAAUUUUUCUAGGAAUCUACGACUUAGGAAUCUACCCCUCUCUCUCUCCCUCUAGAACCACCAAGCCCUUUCUAAUCCCCAUUGAAGCGUCAGCAGGAGCGAGAGAAAAGAAUAGCUUUGCAGACUGAGAAUAGGAGACUAGCACUCACGGACGGUUACGGGAUCAACACGGUUUCAAGUGCAGACCUGCUAGACGGCGUCCCAUCCUUAAGAAAGCGGGAUAUGAUUUGACCUUCUUGACUUGAUUCAUGAGAGAAAGAGGUUGCAACCAAGUUCCGUCUACCUGUUUCACUCUUAUCGUGAUGAGAGUGCACAGGAAAUCAACAAAAGAAUUGGACUCAAGGUGAGACACUGACUUCAGGUAGUCUUGGGAAAAAGACCAUCUCUUUCUCUAUGACUAAAGAAGCUCGCUAAUGUUUUCAUCAGCAGCAAACAGUACAGACGGAUUAAAAGGAGCAUAAUUUUUUGACUAAAGUACUAGAUCUCUAAUUUUUUCAGCAAACAACACAGACGGAUUCGGCGAUGCGAACCUUGGAGGUCCAGCUCCCAAAAAGAGAAAGCAAUUGGGAAAGCGUUCUGAGACGGCGAAAAAUUUGAAGGAAGCUGCGAAGGAGCAUUUUCACACCAGUAAGAUCGCAGAAGCCAAAUUCAACCUCGAUGAAUGGGAUUCGUUAUUUCAGUGAAGAAGGGGAUAUAGUUGAUUUCACUAUAAGAAGAUGAGAUAGCCCAUUCCACUGAUAGAUGUCUCGUGAUUUCGGUUGUUGCUAUGAAGAAGAAAGGAGCUCCGCGGAAGAUUUUGAUAGAACAAUAGUGAAGACUCUCAGUAGAUGAAUGGGGCUCUUAUUUGAGGCAAUCCGCCAAAUAGAAUCACAUCAUCAAGGCAAAUUCAACUUCAAUCAAUGGGGUUGGUUAUUUCAGUGAAGCAGGGGAGAAGAUAGUUGCCUCUUUAUUUCCCGUGGUACUCUGAAGAAGAAAGGAUCUCCGCAGAGGAUCUCUACAUUGCGAUAGUGAAGACAACACGUAGAAACCAUGGUCUGCAGAAGUGUGCCUAGGAGUGGAGCCGAAGCUCCUCUAGGUCUCAGACACAAGCUGCAAAGUAGUUCUUAAGUGACCGACCAAAUAAUACAUCGCUGGUCGUACCCCCUCUAGGUACUGAAAUGACAUAGAUCUAAUUAUCAUUUAGACGAAAUUUCUCUCUAACGAACUCUCUGUAGAGUAUCAACUCUCUGUAGGGCACCCUUAUCACAAAUCUCUCAACAAGAACAACAUCAAAUCUUUUCGCUCUAUAUCAAUCUCUCAUCUUAUUUCCUUCCUUUUACAAUUUCUUACACCUAUCACGCACUCACAAGAAGCAUAAGAAUGAAUUGACUGCUGCUUUCCUUUCAAUGAAGCUCGACAACGCAUAGAUGAUGUCAACCUGGGACCUCAACAUGAACGGAUGUACCUCAGCG